AUGCGCAGCGAUCAACAAGACCGCCCAUCAGGAAAACGCUCUCGUAACUCGCAACAGGUAGCCCAGGCAUGCCCAGCAUGCCGGCAAUCCAAGGCUAAGUGCGAUGGCGCCCGCCCGCGGUGUUCCAACUGCGUGACCAAGGACAAACCAUGCGGCUACAUCGGGGAGGUGGGACAAUCUAGACAAGCCGCCAUGAUGGUCCGCCUCGAUUCUUUGGAGUCCUUGUUCCAGUCCCUGCAGACACGCCCCCAGGCCGAGGUCGACCAAAUCCUCCAGCUCAUCCGAUCCUCCGAAGACCUGACCUCCAUAACCAAGUCCCUAACAUCUGGGACAGACCAGGACAUGUCGAGUCCCGCGUUCUCGACCUGCAUGGGCCCCGUCCAAGAAAGUCUACAUACGCCCCCAGCUCCGAUGUCGCCGCCAAAUUCGACUUCAGAUCACGUCCAUACGCCUGGUUCGACGCCUAGCAACACAUCCAUGCAUAACAGUUCCCACUUGGCCGGGCUGGGUCGUCGUCUGUCUAUCGUGAAAUCUACUGCCGCGCUUGUCCAGAUGAGCCUGCCGGACGCGUUCGUAACCACCAUGGUCGUCAACGCGUUUUUCAACUCGGCCUGCCAGCUGUUCCAUGUCUUUACCCAGGAUCAAGUACUCAGAUUUCGAAACGAAGUAUACAGCGACAAAGACUGUGCCAGUCGCGAGAAAAAAAUUGCCGUGGCCUGCUUGGCGGCCACUGCUGCCGCCGGCGCUCAAUAUCUACACACGUCCCUGGACGAGGGAGUGCUGAGUUCGUUUUACGACCUAUCCAGGCACCACCUCGAGCUGGUGAUACAGGACAGACCGCUGGAUGCCAUCAAGGUGUGUAAUCUGUUAGCCAUGUAUAACAUCCUCGAAAAGGCUCCUGUGGCCCUGGUUUACGUCGAAAUGGGCCUCAGCAUGUCAAUGCGAUAUCACUUGUACGCCAAAAACCCCGUCGACCCUGCCAUCUCGAGGGAGGAAUGGAUAGGAUAUCGGAGAGCGUGGCGAGCUCUCAUGUUCUUGUCGAGCUGGCUCUCCUUUACCUUAGGUUUCGUCAACGCGAACGAUGCCCUGUUUCAGCGAGUCCCGCUGUCCGAAAUGGAAAUUGAAGACGAAUCAGAGAUUGCAAACGUGGUGCAAUCGGAGAUGACCAAAAUCUCCCUUCUCCAAGCAGAUAUUUUUCGGGUACACUUGGCGGCCAAGGAACUCGAUGUUUUCACGAUCGAGACAAUCAUGAAGCUCCUCCAAGACUGGUACAGCAACCUUCCACCGGAGAUGUACCUGAUCAACGUGGAGCAACAGGGACUCGCCGAACCGAUCCGGGUGGCGAUCUGCCACGCCCAUCUACUCCACCUCGGCGCUAUUAUGCUCCUAUAUGGGAAAAUGGCUGCACAAUUCGUCCGCAUGCAUGGACUCACUGACAAGCAGAACAUCAUGUGGUCGCCCCUAGAGAAGGCCAUGGCCGUUUAUGCUGGCGAAGGCAUGACUGCAGCCAGAACGUCCGUGAGGAUUCUGAGGCUGCUGUACGAGAGUAACAGGAUCUACAAGCGGUGUUGGCUCAUCAUAUGUCAAGCAUACACGUCUUGCGUCGCGAUCAUGCAAUCGGUUGCACAACAACAGCUCCACCACUUCCCUCAGAAUGUAUGGCGGGAGGAUAUGAAGCUGGCCGAGACGUGUCUUUCGAUUAUCGAAUUCUGCGGAACCGUUGACAUUGUGGCGUCGACAUUCCACGAAAUGCUGGCGCCACUAUACGAGGAGAUGGCCAGCCGUUUUCGGGGAGACAGAUACACCCGUCUACCGCCAGUCAUGCCUACUAUCGGAGGCACUUACACCUAUCUUCUCACCAUACCUCAAGACGCCGACCAUGAUCGUCAUGUCACAUCAGUCACGCUGUUCGCCAUGCUCUGCCGGCCGUUUGGGGAUGACCUUGACAGGACAGAGUGCGAGAGACAGAGACAGAACGGGGUCAAAGUCGAGGCCAGAAGAAGCUUUCUCGAAAAUGUGCCGCCCUGGUUGACCAAACAGUUUGGCGGUUGGUUUUCCGAGAACAAGAUGCCCUUGGGUUGGGAUUCGGACCGUCUCGUUGCUUCGGACUUUCCGCGAGACGGACGCGAGCGGGCGGCGGAAUAUGGGUCCUUGGAGGCCGACCCACGGUUCAGGGUCCUCAUCACCAAACGGAUGCGAUCCGAUGAGAAGAUUGAAUAA